GAGGAACGGCCUCGUCCGGCGGCCGCGGGCCGCUUCGCGGACUGAGCCGCCUGGGAGGGCGGAGUCCGGCCGCGCCGGCCCCGCGCAGGCCCCGCCCCCGCCUGGGUCGCGGCCCGGAAUUCGGCGCUGGGGCGGUGGAUCCUCGCCAGCAUGGUCCCCCUGGGGCUUGUAUUUGAGUUGGUGCUGCCGUUAAUCCUGUGGGCCGACAUAAGUGCAGGUGUUGGUUUUCGCUUUGCUUCGUACAUCCAUGAUUACAUGGUGCUGCAGAAGGAGCCUGCAGGGGCAGUGAUCUGGGGCUAUGGCGUAUCUGGAGCCACAGUGACAGUGACUCUGUGGCAAGAUCAGGAAACCAUCAUGAAGAAAGUGACCAGUGUGAAAGCACACUCUAAUAGCUGGAUGGUGGUACUGGAUCCGAUGAAGCCUGGUGGACCUUAUAAAAUGAUGGCACAGCAGACUUUUGGGACAAUGAACUUCACCCUGAGAGUUCAUGAUGUCUUAUUUGGAGAUGUCUGGCUUUGCAGUGGGCAAAGUAACAUGCAGAUGACGGUUUCCCAGAUAUUUAAUGCUACAAGUGAGCUGUCUAACACUGCUGCCUAUCAGUCUGUCCGCAUUCUCUCUGUGUCUCUUGUUGAGGCAGAGCAGGAGCUGGAGGACCUUCCUGAGGUUGACUUGCAAUGGUCUAAGCCUACCGCAGAAAACUUGGGCCAUGGAAGUUUCCAGUACAUGUCAGCAGUGUGCUGGCUCUUUGGGCGUUACCUGUAUGACACUCUGCAGUAUCCCAUUGGGCUGCUUGCCUCCUCGUGGGGUGGGACACCCAUUGAAGCCUGGUCAUCUGGAAGGUCACUGAAAGCCUGUGGGGUCCCUAGGUUCACUGCAUCUGAUUUUGUAGCCGGUCCCAGUCAGCACUCUGUUCUCUGGAAUGCCAUGAUCCAUCCGCUACAUAAUAUGACUCUGAAAGGGGUGAUAUGGUAUCAGGGGGAGUCCAAUAUAAAUAUUAACAGAGACCUGUACAACUGCACAUUCCCUGCACUCAUUGAAGACUGGCGCCAAACCUUCCACCGUGGCUCCCAGGGGCAGACAGAGCGUUUCUUCCCAUUUGGAUUUGUUCAGUUAUCUUCUUAUUGGUCUGCUGCAACCUCAGAUGAUGAAUUUCCUGAGAUCCGUUGGCAUCAAACAGCAGACUUUGGCUAUGUUCCCAACCUAAGGAUGCCCAACACUUUCAUGGCUGUAGCUAUGGAUCUCGGUGAUCGGAACUCAUCUUUUGGCAGCAUCCACCCUCGAGAUAAACAGACUGUGGCAUAUAGGCUGCAUUUGGGGGCCCGUGCUGUGGCUUAUGGUGAGAAGAAUUUGAUCUUUCAAGGACCACUGCCUGAGAAGAUAGAGCUCUUGACUGACAAGGGGCUGCUCAACCUCACGUAUUCUCAGCAAAUCCACGUGCAGAGGCAGGACAAGAUAUUUGAGAUCUCAUGUUGCAGGGACCAGCAAUGCAAGUGGCUUCCAGCUCCUAUGAACACUUUCUCCACCCAGACCCUGGACCUGAAUAUCAGUUCUUGUCAUGAUACUGUGGUUGCUGUUCGCUAUGCCUGGGCCACAUGGCCCUGUGAAUAUAAACAGUGUCCCCUAUACCACCCCACCAGUACCCUGCCAGCUCCUCCCUUCAUUGCUUUCAUUACAAACCAGACUCCUGGAUAUCACAGCAAGGACAUGAAAUAAUUUAGCUGCAAUAUGAUCAUAUCUUAGAUGGAAGUGUGGAUCCUUUAGAUUUUGGCAUUUAGGAGUUUAAAUGAUGACAACCAUUGCUUUUAAAGGAAAUUAAUACAAGGUCUCAUUGGACAGCCCCAGCUAGCACAUGGCUGUUUUCUGUAUUCUGAGAUGAUCCAGGGCUCAUAGGCAAAUGAAAUGAUUACUUUCUCCCCCGGUUGGUCUAGGUGUCUGUAUUGGACUAAUUCCAAACUACAAAUUGAACCUCAUUGUCAUUCACUUCCUUCAUUAUUGGGAGUGCAGUGUCUAACACUUUUGUCCCCUUACAUUCAGAGUUGUGGAAACUCAGGAUUGGCAGAGAUUUCAAGGCCAUGUAGGCCAGGUAGUAUUUAUAUGUACUUUACAAAAUUUGACAAGUGGUUAUUGAAUUUCUGUAUAAAGUUUCCAUUCUAAACUUCCCAAGUUUUUCCUUAUGUGGAACUGAAAUCUUUCUUCCACUACCCAACCAUCUAUCAGAUAACUGAAGAUAGCCCUAUUUGUGUUCUAAGCCCCAAACAAUUCUGUUCCUUCAAUCUAAAUAAUGAAAAUGUGAAUGUUGAAAACCAACAAACCAGGACCCUGUGCAGGCAUUUCGGGGAGGUGCUGAGGGAUUGCUUUAAGGAACAAAGAGAAAGGGUGAGGUGGUGGGAGCCCAGGAUGGCCCUCAGGCUGCCCGGAGCAGGAGUGGGGGAAUCACAAGCUUUGAAAAAUAGGAGUGGAGGUCACUGAGAGGCAAACAGGUCGUUAGAGUUAAAUAUGAAUCUCAGGCUCUUUAAAGGUAAGAGGUUUAACUAUAAAAAGGAUGAUCCAGAUGGAAGAAAAAAGUCAGGCUGAAAGUAAAGCUACAUGAUAAGCGUUUAGAAAAAUAAUCCAGGUGGGGCAAAUAUGAAAGAGGGCUUAUGUGUGUACUCUGAGGAAUCAUAAUGCUGUUGAUUGGUUGAUUAAAAACAGCUAAUGGCACUUGAUAAUUGUGGUUAUCUACUAAAAGUUGGAAAUAAAAGUAUAAUCAUUAGUGGCAUGUAUACAUUUAUAUCCAGUCAAAACUGGGUUAGGAACGGGCUUGUAAAUUGUCCUUUGAAGCAUGAGAAAGGAGUAAGACUGUUACCUAUGAGUAGCUUCGAUUCCCUUAAUGUGAAAAAUGAGAACUAAAGCAGUAAGCAUCUCUCCCCACACCUGUCCCCCAAGUCAUCCUGGUGUAGCUCUGAACAUCAGGAAUAGCUUUGUCAGUGUCAGGAUUUUAUUUUAGUAAAAACCCAAAACAACUAUGUAGUCUGCAAGGAACUUUGGUUCCCCUGAGGACUUCCUAGUACCAUUAACUCCUAACAGCCAUAUACAUCUGGCCUAAUGGGAACCAUGAAUGUAGUAACAGACUCCUGAGAAAAAGUAAAUCUAUCCAGCCACCCCUCCCCACCCCCAAUACACGUACACUCAGGGGUUCUUCUAGUUUGGAAGCAGCUGGAGAUAGCUCAGCUCAGGUUCCUUUCACCCGCAACAACCUAGUGCACACAGUGUAAAAAAUUAGGCUUAGGUAGUGGAUAUAUUAAUGGAGGCAUGUGAAUUUAUUUUUAAUGGUUGAAUAAUUUAAAGCAUUCUGUGAUAAUUCAGUUUAUUUCUCAAAUUAAAAUAACUUUUUAUGGUUUGAAAAAUGAAAGUUAUAUCAUUGUAGAACAUUUAGAUGCUAAGAAAAAGCCUAAGUAAAACUCACCCCAAAAUUCAUAAUUUGGAGAGAAACACAAUAUUUUGGUCAAUGGUCACUUGAUUUGUUUGGGUUGUAUUUUACAUAUUACAUGGUAUAUUAUCUUGUAA